AUGGAGCACUCCGAGGGUGAGGUAUGCGAUUCAGGAUCGAGCUAUCCAAUUUGCAAAUGUGGGAGCAAAACAGUUAUCAAAACUGCAUCAACAAGCAAAAAUUAUGGCAAAAGGUUUUAUGCUUGUGUUAAUUAUUUGAAUGAACAAAACCGUGGUUGCAAUUAUUUUAAAUGGGUUGAACCUGAAAUUUGUGUGUGUGGUGAUCGAGUGAUGUCGAUGUUGAUGGAGUGGCAGAAUGAGUUGAAGUCCGAAAGGGCAAUGGAAAUCUUCAAAUGCAAGCUUGAGCUUGCUGAAUACAAGUCCAAAAUUGAAGUUGAUGCUGCAAAUUUUGAAAUUAAACUUCAAAGGGUUGAGACUGAGUAUCGUUGGAUGCAGCUGAAGUUUCGAGUUGCACUUGCAUCUUUUUGGUGUCUUGUUGUUGUACUGAUGUGUUUCCGUUUUUCUAAUGGACUUGCAACAAGGCUGAUGUUAAGCAGCUGA